UGCCCGGAUGGGCAGUUGUGCUGCCAGGGAUACAUUGUGCCAUGGGAAGGGUGACCUGUGCCCGGCUGUCCGGAGCAGCUGGAGGGCUGGCACCGCCUGGGGCGCUGGCGCCGGGCUGCUCCCUCGUGCCUUGGCAGGCGUCCCACUGUGGGCGGCACGCCGGCAGCCCAGCCCGGUGGAGAGCAGCCCCAUGGCUACAGGGACCGAGAGGAGUGUGGAGGCGGCCGAUCGCCCUGCUGCCUGCUACCGGGAGCUGAACCGGUUCCCUGCCGUCACCCGUGCCGCCCUCAGGGCCGCGGCUGGCGGACAGACCUUCCUGCUCUACACCGAGUGCAGCCGCCCCGACCUGGCCCGCCGGCGGCUCCUGCGCUUCGGCCGCCACUACAGCCUACAGCGCACAGCCGGCCCUGAGGGCCUCGCCGUCAGCSGGACCGCGCUCAGCGCCGAGAUCCACAACCAGCUCCUCAGCCAGGACGCGCCCACGGGCCAGCGCCGCGCCGUGCUCAGCCGGUGCCCGCGGCAGGGCCACGAGCUGCUGGAGGUGUGGGACAGCGGGGGACGCAGCCAUAGCGUGGAUCUCACGGCGCUGGGGAAGCACGGCGAGGUCUACACGGAGGUGCCCUUUGCCUGCCUGGCCUGGUCACACUCGGAGAGACAGCUCGUCUACGUGGCUGAGAAAAGCCGGGCCAAACAACAGCCCCCCYGCGCUUGGGAUGUACCGGGAGCAGCCUGGCCAGCAGCAGAGGAUGAGGAUGAGGAGGGCAAGCAGUUUGUGUAUCAUGAAGACUGGGGAGAGGCCCUAAGCACACGCAGCGUGCCCGUCCUCUGCAUCCUGGACCUGGCAGGCCUCUGCCUGUCAGUGCUGGAGGGAGUCCCGGAGCACCUCUCCCCUGGCCAGGCCCUGUGGUCCCCGGAUGAUCGUGGCGUGGUGUUCGUGGGCUGGUGGCAUGACCCCUUCCGCCUGGGGCUGAACGCCUGCUCCAACAGGAGGGCAGGGAUUUUCCACCUGGACCUGGCCAGCAGGUGCUGUGAGCUGCUGUCAGCAGAGAAUCGUUAUGCCUGCUCCCCGCGGCUGAGCCCUGAUGGCCAGCGCCUGCUCUACCUGGAGGGGGCUGUGGGGGGACCGCACCGGCAGUCCCUACGCCUGUGCAUGCUCACCUGGCAGACAAGGCAGACAGUGACGGUGCUCGAUGUGGUGCAGGAGCCCACUGAGGCCUUUGCCGGGCUCUAUGCAGAGGUGCUGCCACCGCGGUGCUGGGCAGCUGACAGCCAGCGAGCCGUGCUGGGCACCCCUCAGCGGAGCCGCACAGACCUGCUGCUUGUGGAUAUAGAGGCAGCCACCGUCACCAACCUGACAGCAGGGUCACCUGACGGGUGCUGGGAGCUGCUCACUCUGCAGUGGGAUGUGCUGGUGGCCACCUGCUCRGCCCCAAACCACCCUCCCAGCCUGGUGGUGGCCGUGCUGCCAUCAGCAGGCCAGGAGCUACACCUCAGCUGGGUGCCAGUGGAGGACACCCCAACAGURCCUGGUGUCACCUGGAAGACUCUGAUGGUCCAGCCACCCUGCAGUGGGCAGGGCCCUGCUGCACAGGACACCCAGACUUUUGAGGCCCUGCUGCUGAGCCCCUCAGAUGGCACACCACCGCACCCCGUCAUUGUGUGCCCCCAUGGUGGCCCCCAUGCCGUCUUUGAUGCCCGCUGGCGCCCAAGCAUGGCUGCGCUGUGCCAGCUGGGCUUCGCCGUGCUCCUGGUGAACUACCGUGGCUCCCUGGGUUUCGGUCAGGCCAGCAUCAGCUCCCUGCUUUCCCGUGUGGGUGAGCAGGAUGUGGCAGACACUCAGCUGGCAGUGGAGCAGGCUCUGUGCAGAGAGCCCCUGGACCCACACCGCCUGGCCCUGCUGGCUGGCUCCCACGGAGCCUUCAUUGCCCUCCAUCUGCUCACCCGUGAGCCUGAGCGUUACCAAGCCUGUGCCCUGCGCAGCCCUGUUUCCAAUCUGCCUGCACUGCUGGGCACCUCUGACAUCCCCGACUGGCGUUACACCUCCCUGGGGCUGCCUUACUCCUUCGAGCGGGUGCCACAUGCCAAGGAUGUGGCUACCAUGCUACUGCGCUCGCCCAUUGCCCAGGCAGCCAAGGUGCAGACGCCGGUGUUGCUGUGUGUGGGUGCCCGGGACCGGCGUGUCAGCCCCACACAGUCAUUGGAGCUGUACCGGGUGCUGCGGGCCAGGGGUGUGCCAGCACGGCUGCUCUGGUACCCAGAGGGCAGCCACGCACUGACUGGUGUGGAGACAGAGGCUGAUGUCUUCAAGAACUGUGCCCACUGGUUCCUCCGGCAUCUGGGCCAGCCCAGGUGGGAUGGGAUAGGCCGGCACAGCCCCUAGUGCCCACAGUGGUCCUGGGCUACGCCAACCCCAGGGUGACUGCUGGCCCUGGGGACCACAGCAGGACCAGAGGCAGAUGGAGCUGGUUUAGCCAGGGGCAGGUUAGCAUGUGGGUUGGGGCUUGGUGUUAAAUAAACGUGAGACCCUGUGCAGUGCCAA